AUGGACUCGAAUAGCGCUCACCGCAACACGAAUAAUCCGCCAGGAUUUUCUCGUUCCUCUACGUCGCCGCUCAACUGGGACCAGUUCAGCCAUGAUGGACCAUCAGACCCAGGCCUAUUCCCGAUGCAAAUGAGCUAUCUGUCUCAGCCGGUGGCAGGAGAUUCCAUUAUUGUUAGGACUAUGGGAGCCAGCUUUUUGGACGCUGCGUAUAACUCUGUACCUUCCGGGAUACCGGGGCAGAGAACGUUGCCGAAAUGGCACAGCACUCCCACAAAUCCACCACAGAUAUCGGUGGGUGUUUCAUCUACUAUUCCAUAUACCCACACAUUGGCUUUCUAUGUUUUCAACGAUGAGGAUCCAUGGUCACAAAAGGGGUUUUUUGCCGAACCUUCUACUUUUGACGGUAGGUUGCAUCUGAAGAGCCAGCUGGUUGGACAACUCCCAGUGAACCAAAACCUAUAUGGGAAGCGCUUCCAGACCGAGGGUGACGCCGCAGCCGGUGUGGUACUUGGCAAACCCCAGUCGGACUCAGGGUAUGGAUCGCUGCAAAGCGCAUAUGCUCCUUCAAUUAGCAAUUUUGAUACUGGACUCCCGGCCACAGGAAACCGGAUUGCAUAUCCCCAUAGCCAUGGCUUCCAACAGGCGGAUGCCACGUUUGGACCAGAAGUUGCUUCUUCCAAGAUCUCGCGUGUUGUGCCUCCAUUGCUACGCUGCCCAACCUGCAACAAGGCAGUCAGAACACCAUCCGUGUUGAGGAAACAUGAUCUGCGCCAUAAAAAGCCAUUCAUCUGCUCAUAUCCUGACUGCCCAGGAAGUGGACACGGACAGGGGUUUGGGACUGUCAAUGACCUGGACCGACAUAUUCGAAGCAAACAUCCGGAAGGCAAAGUCUCUGGACGUCCCAUCCAGUUGUUCUCUUGCCAUUUCAGUGAAUGUCAAGAAAAGGGCAGGAAGUUUACUCGUUCGGAUAACUUCGGAGUCCAUCUCGAUCGAUGCCAUGGUAUGGAAAAGGACGAGAUCAAGGGAAUUAUUCAACGGAAAAAAGAGCAGCAUUGGUUUGGGGACCCAAGGAUUCAACUUGGUGACAGACCACAAGAAAUAAGUGCAGAUCUUCAAAUACAGGACGCCAGCCUUGAGAUUUCCUUUGACCAUGCCAUGGAACAGAGCAAUGAAUCACUGGCUACUGAUGGAAGCCAUUACGAGAUGUAUGAUAAUGAUGACCAGGGCCAUCCAGAGGAUAUAUCUUUCUACAUAAUGGCGGAUCAAAGCCGUGACCUAGGUGAUACGGCUACCAAUAUACUAGCGGAGACCAAAUAUAGGCCAGCUGAUACCACGGAUAUGGAAUAUUUAAUGGAUCCAACAUUGGAUAUAUCCAAAAGUGCAACACCAGUUGCAACUACGAUAGGAACUACCCCGAAGAGGGAGAAUGGAUCAUAUAUACAUGGUUCCACUGAUUCUCACGCACAGAAAGCUCUUGCAAGCGCACUAGCCAACAAACGGAGCCAGGACAGGAAUUUCAGAGGAAUGGGCGCCAGCCAAAAGCCAAUGUCUCUAAGGGAGGACCCAGUGGACCGACGUGUUAAUAUAGGAGCCCUGUUCAGCCGUGACAAAUCCAACCAGCAAGAUUUUAAUUCAGGAGACCUUGUUGCAGCUCAUUCCAAAGAUGAGGACUGCUACACAGAUUCACAAGACGACGAUAACGCGGCCACAAUCUUACGAGACAUGAACAGCCGCGGAUUCGUCUUACAAAGGAAAACCGCUCUCCUACCUGAACCCCCCGCCCCUUCUCCAUCAACCCAGCCCCGAUCUCCCCUCUCCUGUAGCGUUUGCUUCAAAACCUGCCGCCGCCCCAGCGAAAUGGCAAAACACAUGAAGCGCCACUCCCGCCCGUACCACUGCACCUUCCCACCCUGCGCCAAAACCUUCGGCAGCAAGAACGACUGGCGCCGGCACGAGAACUCGCAACACCUCCACUACGAAUCCUGGCGCUGCCAACUCCCCUCCGCCACCACCACAACAACAGCAACCCUACAAACGCAAUCUCAAAACCGAGACAGAGACCACGACAAACCUAGCGCAUGCAAACACAUCUCCUACCACCUCGACGCAUUCAAAUCCCACCUAUCACGCACGCACCAGAUCGGCUCUACAGAACUAAAUGACAGCGCCACCCUCGCGCGCUGCCUCGCCCCCUGCCCGUGCACAUUCCACUGCGGCUUCUGCGCCCGCCGGCUCCCGCAACGCGACUGGAGCGCCCGCUUCGACCACUUCGAUGGCCACUUUUCCGGGCGCGGCGGAGCGGGCAAAGUGGAGAUGGCAGCAUGGACGGAGGAGGGUGAGGGUGCCGACGGUUAG